UCGGCCUUUCCACCACAAACAAACCGUCGCCAUUGUGUAAUCGCUACUGCAGUUCAUUGUCGUGUCGUGGUCCGUCUCCGCUCUUUCACGUCCAUCGUUCAACAGCCGUUCGUUUUUGUCUUUUGAUUUCGCCCAGACCACCGCUCACGCGUAUUGAAUCAUGGCUCGUACUAAGCAGACCGCUCGUAAAUCCACCGGAGGAAAGGCUCCCCGUAAACAGUUGGCCACCAAAGCUGCCCGGAAAAGUGCACCAUCCACUGGUGGAGUAAAGAAACCUCAUCGUUAUCGUCCCGGUACCGUGGCUCUUCGUGAGAUCCGUCGUUACCAAAAGUCCACCGAGUUGCUGAUCCGCAAGUUACCAUUCCAACGUUUGGUCAGAGAAAUUGCCCAGGAUUUCAAGACCGACUUGCGUUUCCAGAGUGCAGCUAUCGGAGCUUUGCAGGAGGCCAGUGAAGCAUACUUGGUUGGUUUGUUUGAAGACACCAAUUUAUGCGCUAUCCACGCCAAACGUGUCACCAUUAUGCCCAAAGACAUUCAGUUGGCUAGACGUAUCCGUGGUGAAAGAGCCUAAAAUAUCCAUCACAUUCCUCUCAACUGUAUUUUUUUUUCGUUUGACAAUUUUCCUGGGUUAUCUUUUUACAUAUACAUUUUUUUUUU